ACAUCAUUGGAGUGCUACGAAUGCGAAUCUAAUAGUAAUGGUGACUGUUGGACUGAUCCUCCGACAACUCUUUUGGUUACAUGUGGUGAAGGAAUUAAUACCACGCCGAAUUCUUCAACCAACCCAACUACAGUAAGUACGAUUACAGCAUCUUCUGGAGUUCCUACGUCAUCUUCAACUGCAACUUCGAGACCAACUUCACCUGGUACUACUAAACCAACUACAUUUCUAACUACUAAACCGACCACACGUCCAUCUACUAUACCAACUAUAGCAACCAGACCAACUCCAACCUUAGCUCCUACAACAAAUGCAACUGCACCUCUAACACCAACUUCCGUAGCUCCUCCGUCAAAUGCAACUGUACUUCCAAUACCAACUACAUCUGUAGCUCCUCCGUCAAAUGCAACUGCACUUCCAACACCAACUACAUCUGUAGGUCCUCCAUCAAAUGCAACUGUACUUCCAACAACAAUUACAUCUUUAGCUCCUUCAUCAAAUGCAACUACACUUUCUAGACCAACUACAACUUUAGCUCCUCAAACAAAUACAACUGCAUCUCCUACAAUAAAAACAGCUGCAAUUGUAGCUUCAUCAUUACUUCGAAACCAACUAAGACAUUUAGCAGAUCUUCGUGCUGAUGAUAGUUGGAAAUGUGUCAAACUUAUAAGCAAAGAAGGAGAUAAAGAAAUAGUCAACAGGAAAUGUGCAAAGCAGAGUGAAUCAUUUUGCAACACCAGUGAUGAAAGCUCUUGUUUUGCCUGCAGCGACGAUGGCUGUAAUUCUGCUUCAAGCAAUGGAUUUCAGUUAAUUUCUAUCGUUUUACCUUUAGCCAUAUGGCUAUAUAGCACAUUGUUUAAUACGAUAGUUUUAUCAUUUUGUGAUAUUUUGAACACUGCAUUGUACUGUUUAUUUUCUGUAUUUGUAUUAAUAAAUUCAACAAUGUUUAAUAGUCGGAUUAAUUUAAAUUCAUUGGUGUUUAUUAGUUUAUUUAUUACUUGCAACGUUCAUAAAGGAACGUCAUUACAGUGUUACCAGUGCGAAUCUAAUAGUGAUGGUGAAUGUUGGUCUGACCUUUCGACGACUCUUUUGGUCACAUGUGGUGAAGACAAUAGUACUACACCAAAUCCUUUAAUGAACUCAACUACUAUAGCUCCAAUUACACCUUCUACGACAACUUCUACUACAGAAUCAACGAUAGCUUCUACGACAAAAUCGACUACACCUUUAACAACAGCUUCUACUACAGAAUCUACUACACCUUCUGUGACAGAAUCGACUACAAAACCUACUACAUCUUCGACAAAUUCUACUACAUCUUCUCCUACAAAUUCUACUACACCUUCUGCGACAGAAUCGACUUCACAACCUACUACAUCUUCUACGACAGAAUCGACUAUAAAUUCUACUACACCUUCUGCGACAGAAUCGACUAUAAAUUCUACUGCAUCUUCUACGACAAAUUCUACUUUAAAUACUAGUUCAGUGACUAGGAUAGCUUCAGAAAAAAUUCGAUUUAGACGUUCAGUAGAUCUUCGUGCUGAUGGUGCUUGGGAGUGCAUUAAGCAUAUCAAGAAAGAAGGAGAUGAGGAAAUAGUCAACAGAAAAUGUGCAAAGAUAAAUGAAAAAUUCUGCAAUGAUAAAGCUGAAAAUUCCUGUUUUGUCUGCAGUGACAAGGACGCUUGUAAUUCUGCUUCUAGUAUCGGAUUCAAAAUUAUUUUCAUGACUUUGCCUUUAACUGUCGUAUUUUUUUUUAGUACAAUAAUUCCAUCAUAUUGA